CUGUCCGCCCAGCUUGGCGGAGUUUGCAGCGUAGUGCUGUCGAGCUGGUCGUCGGUCUUAUAUAACUUUAAUGCAUCCAGCUUUCAUGGCGCAUUGGAGACACUAUUAGACUGAGUGUUCCGUCGACAGUUUUUUUUUAUUCAUAAUAGCAUGUAAAUGAGCACUUUUGUGUGUGUGUUUGUCCGCGCGCGUGUUUCCUUUAAUGAUUUAAACCUCUGAGUGAAAGUGGAGCAGGCGAGACAAGGAGGCUUCGACUCGGAUCUGCUUCCUCCUCGGUCGACCUUGUUUACUUUAGUUGCAAAAUAGUUAGCUGUCAAUCGGGGUAUUUAUUGGAGCGUACGCGAAAGAGAGUGUUGUCUUCAGCUGGACGGAAUGUUUUUUUUUUUGAUCUGCCUGGACUUUAUUAGGUUCUGACUCAUUUUGACAGGAGAUGACUUAAACGACAGGGUGCAUCUUUUUCCAAACAACAGAAUAACGAAAUGGAUCAGCGUGGACCGAAUUGCAACGGUAAUCAAGACGGCCGCCUGUCAUUUGCGGAGUCUGGAGUAUGCGGCGAUGGGGGUAACGUGACCACUUCCCUGCACUCAACCGCCAUAGCCCCACAUGGACUGGGUGGAACCAAAGACCAGGUGGAGCUAGGGAGCUUUUUUGACUCCCACCAGCAGGUCCUGUGUGAAGGCUCCGACAUGAAGCUGGGUAAAAUGAUCCGGCUAGAGAAACCGCAGCGCCAGGAUCUCAGUGUGUUCAACAUUGGGGAUGACUUGGCGCUGCUGAAUCAGAAUAUUUCUGAACUGGACAACGAGUCCACCUCUGUCAUCAACACGUCUGUCCUGGACAACCUCCCCCUGCCAGAUCUUUUCCCCCAGCAGAUCAAACAGGAAGAGGACUUCUCAUUGGAUAAAGAAUUGGGAACCUAUGGUGGACAGGCAGGUGCUGCUUCCUGUGAUUUCACAGGGAGUCGCCUGAUUGAAGAGAGUGAGCUUUGGAAAGACCUGGGCCUUUCCGGAUCCCUGCCAGAGAUCAGCGAGUUCGAGUUGGGUUCAGAAGUGGCUCAUUUGGUUAACAUCGAUAGCAGCAUUGGAGGCGCACCCGUUGGAGGCUUGCCAAAAGCAACAAAACCGCCCGUGAAUAAUGGCGGGAGUUGUGAAGACUCUAAUGGCGCAAGCCAGCAGCACCAUGCCGUCCUCCACCAUCCUCACCAGCAGCAGCACCUUCUGCAACACCAGCUUCACCAUCAACCAUCACUUCUCUCCAGCGUUGUCAUCAAGAAGGACCCAGACAAAUCUUUCGUCCACAUCCACGCUCCCGGUGGGGUCAAGCAGGAGAAGCAGGAAAGGCUUGCGUUCUGCCAGUCACAGUGUCUCCAAGGCAGCAUGGGCUCAGUCCACGUAGAGGCCCCGUUGUCCUCGUCUGUGGGCACAGAUGCGAUUCCUGACUAUCGCUACAGAACCAACCCGAACCCCAACAUGAUAGACCGGAAGCCUUUUGCCAUGUAUGCAAACCCACCCCCGGUCGGGGACAACUGGAUGCGAGGGGAUGGUUAUGGGGAGGCCCCAGUGGUUCCAAGGGCCAAUGAUGGACUCCCCACCACUACUGCUUUGACCUCGUACCCUCUCAGCUUCGCAGGCUCAUCACCUAGAGCGGCAGCAAUGUCCAACAAUUCUGCAGUGGUGCAGGGCCAGUCCAAACCCAAUGGGCAGGCCCACAAGGUGUGUUUGGUGUGCUCGGACGAAGCCUCCGGAUGCCACUACGGGGUGGUAACCUGUGGCAGCUGCAAGGUGUUCUUCAAGAGGGCCGUGGAAGGAUGGAGAGCACGACAAAAGACAGAUGGUCAGCACAACUACCUUUGUGCAGGGAGGAACGACUGCAUCAUCGAUAAGAUCCGCAGGAAGAACUGUCCGGCCUGCCGCUUCCGCAAAUGCCUUCAAGCUGGAAUGAAUUUAGACGCAAGGAAAAACAAGAAGUUGAUGAAGACGAUAAAACCCAAGGGCCCGCCUUUACUGCCGGAACCUGUCCCCGCCAUGCCCGUGGCGGUCAUCCCCACCUGCAUGCCCCAACUGACACCCUCCAUGCUCUCGGUGCUCAAGGCGAUCGAGCCCGAGAUAAUCUACUCGGGCUACGAUGGCACCCUGCCUGACACCUCGUCACGCCUCAUGUCCACGCUGAACAAGCUCGGCGGACAGCAGGUCAUCUCUGCGGUCAAGUGGGCAAAGUCGCUGCCAGGCUUCCGUAACCUGCACUUAGACGACCAGAUGACGUUGCUGCAGUGCUCCUGGCUCUUCCUCAUGUCCUUCAGUCUGGGCUGGAGGUCCUAUGAGCAGUGCAACGGGAGAGUACUCUGCUUCGCACCCGACCUCGUUAUCAACCAAGAGCGCAUGAAGCUGCCUUUCAUGACAGAGCAGUGCGAGCAGAUGCUGAAGAUCUGCAACGAGUUUGUGCGUCUGGAGGUGUCCUACGACGAGUAUCUGUGCAUGAAGGUGCUGCUGCUGCUCAGCACAGUUCCUAAAGACGGCCUGAAGAGUCAGGCGGUGUUUGACGAGAUCAGGAUGACGUACAUCAAGGAAUUAGGAAAAGCCAUCGUAAAGCGAGAGGAGAACACCAGUCAGAACUGGCAACGCUUCUACCAGCUAACUAAGCUACUGGACUCCAUGCAAGAGAUCGUGGAGGGCCUGCUCCAGAUUUGCUUCUACACGUUUGUGAAUAAAACCCUGAGUGUGGAAUUCCCAGAGAUGCUGGUGGAGAUCAUCACCAACCAGAUACCAAAAGUCAAAGACGGGAGCGUCAAGCAGCUGCUUUUUCAUCAGAAGUGACCACCUUAAAUUCUAUAGCCAUGCCUUAAAAAAAACACACACACACAAAAAACACACACACACAAAAAAAUCCUGCCUGUCUUUUGCUAAAGUGUGUGUGUGGGCUUCUUCACACGUUAUUAUUAAUUAUUAUUAUUGGCAUUGGAUGAACCUCAGAGCGUCAGAAGCCCCGCCUCCUCAUCUAAUCUCAGGUUUGCGAGGACUUGUCAUUUUUGGCCUUCAGAGAACAUAUUUUGCCACCACCCCCUCCUCCUUCCAUCCUCCUGAGACUGAAUGCUGUUUGUCAUCACGUCACGCUUUCACCUUGAGACGUCUUUGUCGCCCACCCACUCCACGCCGACUGUUUGUCCCCUCGUGCCGACCGACCCUUGGAAUGUAUUCAUUUCCACGUGAGUUUUUACACACCUAUACCCUAAAUGACAAAGUACACCAAAAAAAAGCCAACAUUGUCGUCUGAUGGUAUGCACACUGUCCUUUUAGCAACAGCAUGUAUGUGAGAAGGGGAACGAGUGCCUUUCAGCUUGCUAAGCUCCUCAGACAUGAGUACACAAUAUGAGUACAC